AUGGAUAAAUGGUUAAUGAAAGGCCAAAACAAAGAAGAUAAUCCUAAGCUUGAACGUAAAAGGAAACCCGAAAAAGAAACAUCAGAGGCUUCAACUUCUAGUAUAGAAGUAGAAUAUGCUGUUCCCAUUCCCAGUUCCAGUUUGACUUCAGUGGGCUUGGCAACAAGUGAGUCAAAUAAUCCACAAACUAAAAAAAUAAAACGCCUGAAUAAAUUUAACGAUUUAUGGCUUCAAGAACCAAACUUCUUGAGCUGGCUAUGCAAAGAUUCGAAAAUGAAAGAUGGAAAUGAUUUAGCACACUGUAUGCUUUGUUCGGUGUCGAUCAUAGCGCAUAAAAGUGAUCUGAUUCGACAUAUGAAUUCAGAUCGCCAUAAGAAAAAAUCAUUAGAAAUACAGAAUAUUCCAAAAAUUUCAAAUUAUUUGCCAGUGACGGAUUUAGAAAUAAAUGUACGAAAAGCUGAACUAAAAUUAGCCGGAGCGUUGGCUGAAAAUAAUAUACCAAUAUCAUUUAGCGACAUCUUGGGCCCACUCUGCAAAGAGAUUUUCGCAGACUCAGUUAUAGCUAAAAAUAUGAAUUUACACAGAACCAAGGCGACGGCUAUAAUAAAUAAUGUUUUAGGAAACACAUUUUUAGAGGAUAUAUAUGAAAAAUUACGCGGAGAAAAAAUCUUCUUUUCAUUAAUAAUGGAUGAAACGACUGAUCAGAGCUCUUUAAAACAAUGCUGUUUUACUGCUGUUGUCUAUGAUGAGAACACCAAUAAGGUAGAGCAUUUGUUUCUGGAUAUGGUGGAAUUGUCAUCAGGAACUGCUAAGGGACUGUAUGACUGUUUACAUCAAAUGCUUCGAAAUAAAAACAUAUCGAUAGAAAACAUGGUAGGGUUUAGUUCAGAUACCACAAACGUGAUGGUUGGAGAACAUUGCUCUGUUUUUGCUCUUCUUAAAAAAGAUUUGCCUCACAUUGCUCUGGUGAAAUGUUCUUGUCACAUGAUACACCUAUCAUCAUCUAAAGCUUGUCUUAAAUUGCCUCGAAACGUUGAAGAUUUUUUGCGUUCUGUUGGAGCUCACUUCAGUAGAAGUUCACAAAGACAACUAAAAUUUAGAGAGUUUCAAGAAUUCUUUCAAGUGGAGACUCACAAAAUUCUCACACCAGCUCAAACUCGAUGGCUCUCGCUGAAAGCGUGUAUAGACCGUGUCUUAGAGCAGUAUACUCCAUUAAAAGCCUACUUGACAGAAACAGUCUUCUCAGAUCCGUCGAAGACUACCGAAGAAAUGCUGAUUACAAUGAACAACCAAUUCACUGUGGUAUAUUUGGAGUUCAUGUCUUACGUACUUGCACUGGUAACAAAAUUCAAUGUCUUGUUUCAAUCAGAAACUUCCCUUCUUUACAAAUUGAAACCAGAAGUCGAAAACCUUUUGAAAACGUUGUCUUCUAAUUUCAUGAAAAUUAGCUAUAUCAAGUCCUGUGCUAAUAUUUUAAACGCAGACUUCAAAAACCCAACACAUUUUCUAAGUUUAAACGAAAUAUAUAUUGGAUUAAAGGCUGGAGAAAGUAUUGAAAUUUUAAAAAAUGACGAAAAUGUACCUCGUGCUGCUAUUGCAGAUUUCUAUAGAACCUGCCAGGAGUUUUAUAUUGAAUUGACGUCAGAUAUUACCAAGCGAUUUGAUUUUGGGGAUCCUCUAUUUUCUAUUAUAUCCGCUGUAAAUCCAUCAGAAGCUCAACAGUUUCUAAUUAAAUCACUUGUGCCUGUGCUGAAGCGAUUUCCAGUGCUUUAUAAAUUUGUGACCGCACAAAAAUUAGAUGACGAGUGGCGAACUCACGCUUUGUUAGAUUUUGAGCAACAUGGGCUUGAAAUUCAUGGAGAUAACAUCAAUGCCGAAAGUUACUGGGGUAAAGUAUUUCGCCUUAAAAAUGCUGCGGGAGAAUACAUGUUUCCAAACAUAAAAAUUGUUAUGUCUUUGUUGCUCAUAUUGCCAUUUUCAAACGCGUCGGUCGAAAGAAAAUUUAGUGCGCUUCGAUGUUUAAAAACAGAAAAUCGCAAUCGGCUAAAUACAGGUACUGUAGUGUCUUUAAUGGCAACAAGAGAGGGUAUAAAAAAAUUGGGCGGCAGUGCCAAGUUUAAUCCUUCCAACAAAAUGCUUGCAUCAAACGUAUGGAAAAAGUGCAACAAAGGUUAA